ACCAUAGGCGUCGACUUCCGGUAUGCGGAGGCUGGAAUUUCAGGUUCCUCCUUCGUGCUAGUGGGUUUCCGAGGGUGUUUGCAGGGAGAGAGUGUCCUCAUUUCCUUGUAGGGUUCGCUUAAUAUUAAUUCUUCGCCCUUUAUUGAUGUGUCCUUACACGUCUUUGUAGGGAAGUAUGACCGAGAGCGCGGUGAACAAGGAGGCGAACGGGGAUGUGUGUCAGCACCGGGCGGUGAGCGGCGUGAGAGCGGGAAGAAGCAGCGCGCUGAAGGAUCAGCACUGUCACCAGGAAAAGCACAGGUCCUUUCCCAAACAUGACGACAAGCUGCACCAGAGCGAGUGUAAUGGAGGCUUAUACAGCAAGCCGUUCAUCGAGUCGUUUGAAGAAACCCCGAUGCUGGUGGCCGUGCUCACCUACAUGGGCUACGGCAUCCUCACCAUCUUCGGCUACCUGAGAGACUUCCUCCGCCAGUGGAAGAUCGAAAAGUGCCACAUCGCUAGAGAAAGAGAGGAACAAAAGGAUUUUGUUCCACUUUAUCAAGACUUUGAGAAUUUCUACACCCGAAAUUUAUAUAUGAGGAUCCGGGACAGCUGGAACAGGCCCAUAUGCAGCGUGCCUGGGGACAAGAUGGACCUGGUGGAGCGAGUGUCACAUGACUACAACUGGACCUUCAGCUACACCGGCCGAGUGGUGAAAGACGUGAUCAACAUGGGCUCGUAUAAUUACCUGGGCUUCGCCAAGAACACGGGCUCGUGCGCCGACGCGGCGGCGGACGCCACUCUGAAAUACGGCGUCGGUGUGAGCAGCACCAGGCAGGAGAUGGGUAACCUGGACAUGCAUGAGGAGAUGGAGAAGCUGGUAGCGAGGUUCCUGGGCGUGGAGUCGGCCAUGGCGUUCGGGAUGGGUUUCGCAACCAAUUCCAUGAACAUUCCAGCCCUGACUGGCAAGGGGUGUCUGAUUCUGAGCGAUGAACUGAACCACGCCUCUCUAGUUUUAGGAGCGCGUUUAUCUGGCUCCACCAUCCGGGUUUUCAAGCACAACAACAUGCAGAGCCUGGAGAAGCUGCUCAGAGACGCUAUAGUGCACGGCCAGCCCAGAACCCACCGGCCCUGGAAGAAGAUCCUCAUAGUGGUGGAGGGCAUCUAUAGCAUGGAGGGCUCCAUCGUACGCCUGCCUGAAGUCAUCGCCCUGAAGAAGAAGUAUAAAGCCUACCUGUACCUGGACGAGGCUCACAGCAUUGGCGCUCUGGGGUCCCGCGGUAGGGGCGUGGUCGACUACUUCAACCUCGACCCCACAGACGUGGACAUCAUGAUGGGAACGUUCACCAAGAGCUUCGGCGCAGCGGGGGGUUACAUCGGCGGGAGAAAGGAGUUGAUAGAUUACCUGCGCUCUCAUUCUCACAGUGCCGUGUACGCCACCUCCAUGUCGCCUCCCGUUGUGGAGCAAAUUAUCACUUCUAUGAAGUGCAUUAUGGGAGAGGACGGGACCACGAUAGGCAGGGAUCGCAUCCAGCAGCUGGCGGAAAACACAAACUACUUCCGCAGGAGGCUGAGGGAGAUGGGCUUCAUCAUCUACGGCAACAAUGAUUCACCUGUAGUUCCCAUGAUGCUCUACAUGCCCGCCAAAAUCGGGGCGUUUGGUCGGGAGAUGCUGAAGAGGAACAUAGGUGUGGUUGUCGUGGGCUUCCCUGCCACGCCCAUCAUCGAGUCCAGAGCUCGCUUCUGCGUGUCUGCGGCUCACACCAAAGAAACACUGGACACGGCCCUGAGUGCGAUCAGCGAGGUGGGAGACCUGCUGCAGGUGAAAUACUCGCGCCACAGAAUCCUCCCGUCUCUCGAUCGGCCCUAUGACGAGACCACAUACGAGGAGUGUGAAGACUGAACACCUUCCAGCCUCGAUGGAAACGUGCACUGCUCUCUGUCCUUCCACAAGCUUCACUGAACCACUUAAUACAUGUCGUCUUUUUAAUUUCAUCAUGAUUUUGUGAAGAACAUGGAGCUCCUAUUAUACGGCUUGCUUUCUCUUUCUUUCUUUCUUUCUCUCUCUCUCUCUGUCAGUUCUCAUCCAUCACUUUGACAUUCAAGAUCUGUCCUUAACUCAUUGUGACAUUUAUUUGAGGGCGAAAACAAAAAAAAAAAGCUUUAAUUCCUCGCUGCCAACCACAAGAUGCUUUGGACUGCUUAUUGUGCUCGCUAAAACCAUAUGUAACUGUAACCCUCAAACCGCUCUUUCGCGCGUACAAAGCAUCUUUUCGAAUAAGUGGGACCAGACUGGUGGUGGGAACAAAUGAUCAGUCCCAGAGACGCUGGCUUGUUAAAGCAACUCUUUUUUUUUUUUUUUUUUUUUUUGGUAGCACUCAGCAAAAAUCUCAGCUUUUUUUUUUUUCUUUUUUUUUUAAAUAUAACAUAUAUUUAUGUUUCGAUUCGCAAUGCUUGUCGUCUGGUGUCUGUCAUUCUUCUAACGUUUAUUUAUUUCUAUUCUCCCUCUCCUAAAAUAUCAAUCACAACGAUGGAGUUUUCGAGAAAAAAAUCCACGCUCGGCUCGCACACAUCUAUCACAUCGUUGUUUCUGAGAAUUCAAACAUCGAUCAAGUUGCACUUUAGGAAAAAAAAAAAGUUUCCAGAGACACGUCUGUCAAUGUAAGAUUUUACUCCCAAAGAAACAUGUUAGAGGCUUGUAUACAGAAAAAAUUCUUGUUAGCAACCUUUUAAGUUUCAGUUAGACUCUGAAAGUCUAAAAUCAGAAUAUCAUGAACUACCAAAAAAGUAGGGUUUAUGGGAAAGUCUUAACUUGAGUCUUGUUUUUUUUUUUUUAUUAUUAUUAUUUUUUUAUUGUCUUUAUCCGUGUCACCAGUCUUAACACCUGCUUCAUGUGCUUUCCCUGCUUCUCUGCUGUGUGCAUGUACAUAUUUAUUUAUUAUGAAUAAUAACUUCUUCUCUUUGUUCUUUCACAAAAACAUGACUUUUUUUUCGUCUCUGGCAGCUCCAGAAAUCCUCGAAAAACGUGCACGCAAGUCCACAGUGUGCACGCUCUCAGUGCGAAUACUACUGAUGAGAAAGCUUCAUCCGUAACCUUUCCAAAUGCACGCAGAAUAGUUUUUUUAUUAAAAAGGUGCUGAAAUGAACACACUGUGGCUUUCGUGCCUCGUCCUGUACUUAUUCAUUCCUUCGUUCUUUAUCACUGUCCUUGUUCUUUUAUGCAUUCAUCUUUAAAUUUAAUUUGUUAAAAAAAUCGUUAAUGUUGGGAAAUGUGUUGGUAGAUGGCCUUGUUUUCUUGUCCUUUAAAUAAAAAAAAGACCCACUGUAAAACACGAGAGCUUAAAGAAGGUAUAUAACUUGUAUAAAUAUCAAACCAUAUUACAUAAUAAAAGGAAGAAUAUUGUUA